CGGCAUUUUAAAGUUUCGUGGCUUAUACAAUUGCAAACUUUUUUUUUUUAUUGCGGCAGUAAGCUGGGAAGUAGUAAAGCCUCCUCUUUUUCGCUUUAGUCGAUUUUAAAAAUGGUCAGUUUAGUUGUCCAAAAGCGUCUUGCUGCUUCCGUCCUCAAGUGUGGUAAGAGAAAGAUCUGGCUCGACCCCAACGAAGUCAAUGAAAUCUCCAACGCCAACUCUCGUGCCAACAUCCGUAAGCUCGUCAAGGAUGGUUUGAUCAUUCGUAAGCCCCAAAUCUCUCAAUCUCGCUUCCGUGUCCUCGAACGUGCUGCUGCCAAGCGCAACGGUCGUCACAUGGGUUACGGUAAGAGAAAGGGUACUGCCGAUGCCCGUAUGUCCAGCCAAGUUAUCUGGAUGCGCCGUAUGCGUGUCCUCCGUCGUCUCUUGGCCAAGUACAGAGAAGCUGGCAAGAUCGACAAGCACUUGUACCACCAACUCUACCUCAAGUCUAAGGGUAACGGUUUCAAGAACAAGCGUGUCUUGAUGGAACACAUCCACAAGGCUAAGGCUGAAAAGGUCCGUGCCAAGACUCUUGCUGAACAAGCUGAUGUCCUCCGUGCUAAGAACAAGGCUCUCCGUGAACGUCGUGCCAACAAGAAGAACGAAAAGGUUGAAGCCUAAAUUUCUUUUUUUUACACACAAUAAAUCUCAAAGAUUGACCAGUAAUUCUAAACCCAAGUUCUUUUACAUUCUACUUCUCCUUUCAGGGCAACACACGUAACAGUUGCCCCUUCCUUCUGUUGUCAAGCAGAAAAAAUUUUCGUGACUUGUUUUAUUUUUUAUAUUUUUUUUCUUGUUCUAC